UCCGCGCAGCGCCGGGCUCAGAGCAGCGGCAGCAGCGGCCGCGGCCACAUCUCCGGCGCCUCCGCUCCCGCUCCGGCUCCGGCUCCCGCUCCGCCCCGGCCCCCUCGGCCCCGCGCCCCGGGCCCCGCGCCCCGACCCCGCCGCCGCGCCUGCCGGGCCCCGGCCCCCCGCCGCCUCACGCUGAAGUUCCUGGCCGUGCUGCUGGCCGCGGGCAUGCUGGCCUUCCUCGCUGCCGUCAUCUGCAUCAUCGCCAGCGUGCCCCUGGCGGCCAGCCGCGCGCGGGCGCUGCCCGCCGCCGACAACGCCUCGGCCGCGCCCCCGGGCCCGCAGCGCGGCCUGAGCGCCCUGCACGGCGCGGGCGGCUCGGCGGGGCCCCCCGAGCGGCCCGGGGCGCCGGCGGCCAGCGCGCCCCCGCUGCCGCCGCUGCCGCUGUUCGGCCGCUUCCUGUGCACCCCGCUGGCCGCCGCCUGCCCGUCGGGGGCCGCGCAGGGCGACGCGGCGCCGGCGCCGGGCGAGCGCGAGGAGCUGCUGCUGCUGCAGAGCGCGGCCGAGCAGCUGCGCCGGACGGCGCUGGAGCAGGAGGAGCGCAUCCGCGCCGACCGCGACCUCAUCCGCGAGCUCACGGGCAAGCUGGGCCGCUGCGAGGGCGGCCUGCAGGGCGCCGGGCCGCGCCGCGACACCAUGGCCGACGGCCCCGCCGACCCGCCCGGGCUCUUCCUGGAGCUGGAGGACGCGGUGCGCGCGCUCCGCGACCGCAUCGACCGCAUCGAGCAGGAGCUCCCAGCCCGCGUGAACUUCUCAGCCGCGCCUGCCCCUGCGCCCGCGGUGCCCACCGCCCUGCACUCCAAGAUGGACAAGCUGGAGGGGCAGCUGCUGGCCAAGGUGCUGGCGCUGGAGAAGGAGCGCGCGGCCCUCAGCCACAGCAGCCACCAGCAGCGGCAGGAGGUGGAGAAGGAGCUGGACGCCCUGCAAGGCCGCAUAGCCGGCCUGGAGCACGGGUCCUCAGCCUACAGCCCUCCCGACGCCUUCAAGAUCAGCAUCCCCAUCCGCAACAACUACAUGUACGCCCGCGUGCGGAAGGCGCUGCCCGAGCUCUACGCCUUCACCGUCUGCGUGUGGCUGCGGUCCCGGCCGGGCAGCGCCGGCCAGGGCACCCCCUUCUCCUACUCCGUGCCGGGGCAGGCCAACGAGAUCGUGCUGCUGGAGGCCGGCCCCGAGCCCAUGGAGCUGCUCAUCAACGACAAGGUGGCCCAGCUGCCCCUGAGCCUGAAGGACAACAGCUGGCACCACAUCUGCAUCGCCUGGACCACGAGAGACGGCCUGUGGUCUGCCUACCAGGACGGGGAGCUGCGGGGCUCCGGUGAGAACCUGGCUGCCUGGCACCCCAUCAAGCCGCACGGGAUCCUCAUUCUGGGCCAAGAACAGGAUGCUCUGGGAGGUCGAUUCGAUGCCACCCAGGCCUUCGUGGGUGACAUUGCCCAGUUUAACCUGUGGGACCACGCCCUGACAUCGGCCCAGGUCCUGGGCAUCGCCAACUGCACCGGGCCACUGCCGGGCAACGUCCUCCCCUGGGAAGACAGGCUGGUGGAGGCCUUCGGGGGGGCCACCAAGACGGCCUUCGACGUCUGCAAGGGGAGGGCCAGGGCAUGAGGGGCCACUGUGUCCUGGGCCCCCCCUGCCUGCCAUGUGGAGACCUUACAGGAGGGGGCACACUCCCCCCUCAGCCUCCCACACACUGGCCUCCCCUCCUGCUCACGCCUGGCCAUGCCUUUCAUUUCCCGCCCCUACACCCACACCUCCAGGAUGCCUGCCUGAUGGCUGUCCCUGAUCCCACCUGGGGUGAGUCCAGGGCCUGCAGGGGGGUAGCAGUGCCCACAGCCCACCACACCCUCCUCCACUGACCACAUCUGAAUCCACUGAUGUCAGCAGCAUUCUGUGGGGAUGUGGGGGCGGGCACUCUCCACCGAUGGCCCCAGGCAACAGACCUGACCCUUCCCCUCAGGGCUGCAGAGCAGUCCCUGCUGAGAAGGGCGGGCACAGACCUAGGAGACUCGGACUCCCCCUCCACCCCUCUCCACCAGCUGCAGGCAAGGGCAGCGGGAUCUCGAUGGACCCUCUACCCCACACCCCACCCCUCCUUCUCCUCUUUCCUCAUUCCUUUGUGUGCAGUGGAUUGAAUGCUGAUUCCAUGCCUUGUCCCAACCCACCUCUAGGACAUUUCCCUCUCAGCUCUGGCCUGGAGGGUCAGGGACCAAGACCCCAGGGGGCCACGAGGCCCUAGUCACCCCCAUGCCCACCCACAGCUGUGUCCACUGCUUGCAUGGGCACUCCUCCCACUCUGGCUGGGACGGGCCCAGGCCACCUCGGCCUGAGCUAGGAGUGGCAUGAGGCAGAGGCCCCUGGCAGAGCCCCAUUACCGCCCUCUCUGAGGAGGGAAGAAGCCCAUGAGCAGCGGAAGCAUGCAGGGCUGUGCAGAGCACCGCAUGAGGCGGAGCCGCCCCUGGUUCCAGCCAGCUCUGCUGUGUGGCCUUCUCUAAGUCCCCGCCCUCUCUGGGCCAGCCUGCCUCAUUUAUGAGCAUUUGAGAUGGUCUGUAGCUUCUGGAGAACUUUCCUGGCAGGGGCAGGUCCUGGGACGGGCAGCACCUGGGAUCUGGCUGGGCACGGGUCAGGGCCAGCAGCUGGCUCAGAGAGUCAGAGGCGAGGGCAAGGGGCCAGGCAGCCCCCCUCCUGUGCAAACUGUAAACACCAGCUCUUCGGGGCGCCCCCAGCCUGGCACUCUGCCUGUCUGCAUGUGUCUCCUUGGGCUGGUGGCUUCCUGGUCCCCACCCUGGAGUCCUUACCAGCUCCCCCGCGGGCGUGGGAGAAUGUCGGAGCUGAGAAAGCCACCCAGUCGGGUCCCUUAUGGUGCAGAUAGGGGAGCACUCAGAGAGGGCAGGUGACUUGUACGGGAUCGCCCAGCACAGGGGGGCGGGGCUAGGACGAGAGCCCACACCUCCUGCCUGCCACGAGGGCCUCUGAGUCCAGCCUGCACCAGAGGUGCACACCCAGCAGGUCGGAAUGCUUUCCCACAUGACGACCUGGACAUCUUCCUCUGGGAACCUCCCCUUGGCAGCCCCUGCCUCCCAGGAGGCCUGACACCCCCACCCCCGGCAUUGUGGCAGCAACAGGAGCUGAGGACACGGGUGUCCUUCCCUGCCAGUCCCCUACCAGGUCCGGGCAGCUGCACGCUACCUGGCUCGUGUGGGCACUGGUGCCUCUUGCCCCACUUUUUGUCCUUGUCUCGCCCCCCACUGCCACGGAGCCUGAGGCCUGACUAAGAGCCGUGGGCUGCGGGGGUUCUCUGAGACCAUGGCCUCCAGUCCCCGGGUCCUCGUCCCCCUUUGAAGAGCAGGAGCAGACCUUUCCUCGGCCGGCCCCGCUCCCCCUGGAGGGACCCAGGAGAAGGAGCGGCAAUGGCGUGCUUCAGCCGGAACCUGCUGGGAUCUAGGUUGCCCUGGUAACAGCCAAUGACAUCAGCCCAAGUACUGGGUCAAGUAUCUCCCAGUGACAUGCGCUGUUGCUGGGGUGAUGGCGGGAUUGGGAGCGUGGACGUCAGGGGCCCUGGACGCUUAGAUCCGUUGGGCUUCUGUUUUUGUUUUUAAGGAAGCCGCUUCUGUGGAGGCCCCGGGGGAGAGAGAGGGUCUUAGGAUGGAGGGGACAGAACCUGGUCCCUCGAGCCCACCCAGAGGACAUCCAGGUCCGUACGCUUUGCCAUGGUGACGAGACACCUGCUGCCCCCUGGACAGCCAUCCAGGGGUAGCAGGACACGGGGGGGCAGGCUCUGCGUCUGGGCCGUUGGUGGGUGGCCUGGACCUCACUCAUCAGUGCCGGCCCCAAGCCCCCACCCCUCAUACUUGGUGAGUCCUAUCCUCACAGCUAGGACUCUCCUCGUACACGAGCACAGAGAGACGAAGUAACUGCCCAGGGUCCAUCAGCCAGCGGAUGACGGAGCCGAGUUCACACCAGGCAGGUGUCCUCGGAGGCCCCCCUCCGCCCCAGGGGACAGUCACCCACACUGCGGGUGGGGUUUGGGCACCAGUGCUCCCAGUGGGUUUCCGCCUGAAGGGCCGUGUCUGGCCCUCUCCUCUCCCUCCCUCCCUCCCACCCCACAGUGUGAGGUGGAGGGACGGAGGCAGGCCCUGGCCACCCCCAGGCCCAGGUCCCCCUGGUGAGGCUGUGCCCCCUCCUCCGCUGGCUGGAGACUCCAGGAGGCCUGGAAGGCACACUGCCCCCCAGAGUCCCAGGCAGGGGCGGGGCGGGGCGGGAACAGCCCCCCUCCCGCUUCGGGCCCAGCCCCGCUCCAGGUGCUCUCAGCUCUCACCUGCCAGACUC